AAUAACGCGGAAUAAUUUUUCCUCUUUCUUUUUUUCUAUGUCAGCCGACACACACACAUUAUCUCUCUCUCUCUCUCCAACUCUCAUCCGGCUCUCUCUCGCCUCUCACCUCUCACCUCUCCCUCAACUUCUCUCCUCGAUUUCAUCUUCUUAGAGCAAGAUUUCGGACAGAGUUCGAGAAUUAAAGUUGUUCUACGCAGCGAGGGCUUUCCGAAUAUCCAAGAAAAAUCAUGAUUGGACCUUGUGGGAGCUCGGUUGACUUGGUCAAAGAUUGGGUUUUGCUCAAAGCCCAUGAGAUAUUCUUAAAAUGUUAUCGUCCCUCCACCGCCUAAUAUUUGGGGUGGUGUUGAUUGGGUUUCUAGCCUGGGCAUUUCAGGCAAUCGUCCCUCCGUCGCCUAAUAUUUGUGGGGCCCCAAACGGUCCACCCAUCACAGCAACCAGAAUUAAGCUUAGAAAUGGAAGGCAUUUGGCUUAUGCGGAAUACGGUGUCCCCAAAGAAAGGGCCAAAUAUAAGUUUGUCUUCUUUCACGGAUUUGGCUUUGGUAGAAAUGAUGGAUCAUUCGCAACCCCGGAAAUAACUGAAGAACUAGGGCUCUAUCUCGUGUCUUUUGAUAGACCAGGAUAUGGGGAAAGUGAUCCAGAUCCAAAGCGAACCCUGAAAAGUACAGCUUAUGAUGUAGAAGAGCUAGCUGAUCAGUUGGGACUUGGAUCCAAAUUUUACGUGAUUGGUAAUUCCAUGGGAGGACAAGUAGUAUGGGCUUGCCUGAAGUUUAUCUCCCAUCGGCUAGCAGGAGCAAUACUAGUUGCUCCAGUGGUGAACUACUGGUUGCCUGGUUUUCCCAACAAUCUAGCUAAAGAAGCCUAUUAUGAACAACUUCCUCAAGACCAAUGGGCAGUUGGAGUUGCUCACUACACCCCUUGGCUCACUUAUUGGUGGAACACUCAGAAAUGGUUCCCUGCCUCUAGUGUUAUAGCUGAAAAGCCUAAAUUAUCUCCCCCAGACGUGAAAAUUCUGACCGCGUUGCUUGCUCGGCAUGAAAGGACCCCAAAGGAAGACGUAACACAACAAGGGGUAUACGAGUCGAUCCUAAGGGACAUGAUGGUUGGAUUUGGGAGCUGGGAAUUUGAUCCUAUGGAUCUUGCGAACCCUUUUCUGGACAAUGAAGGUUCUGUACACUUGUGGCAUGGCAAUGAAGAUGGGCUUGUUCCGGUUACAUUGCAACGUUACAUUGCCGGGAGGCUUCCGUGGAUUCACUACCAUGAAGUGCCAGAUGCUGGGCACUUCUUACCUUAUGCAGAUGGAAUGAGAGAGACUAUCUUCAAAACACUCUUACUUGGGGAGAAAUAGCCCAUUGCAGAACAAUUCCCGUCUAUCUCAAAAAUUUCAGCACUGUUGCCCUGAACGUGAAAAUUUUGGAUGCAACGGUUAUUUGUUAGUGUUACAAAUAACUGUUGCAUUGAAAUUCUUUCGCACCGAAGGAUUCAAGGAUCCAUUUAUUAGAAGGGCAUUAUUGUUAUGUAUUAACUGUUUGACAAGUCAUAAUUCUUGUCUUGAUGGUUGGCAUUGGGAGUGAGGAUUAGCUUAUGAAACGCUUGGUAAGACACAAUUUUCAAAUGCUUGUGUCAUGCUUGUAUCAUUUUUGUAUAGAAAGGGAGACAUGACAGGCACCAAUGGAAAGAGAAUUUGUUGUCUUGGGAUUGGUAAAGAAAAUUGCAUGGUGGUUGUAGUUGGUUCACGACUUUGAAUUACUAGUAGAAACUCGAUUACAAUUUGUUGCUUCA